UACUGCUGCAGUAUUUUGUUGCCCGUAAAAAUCUAACCUAACGCGGGAGGUGUCAAAAAAAAAAGGGGGUUCGCUGACCUCAGGACGUAAAUAAAGACGAUAGAUAAUAACAAAAACAAAUAUCAAAUGAUGUUACUUUCGAGGUCAAUAUUUACUUAAGAUUUUUUCAUAAUGAAAGUCUAUUUCUAUGAAAUUGUGUGUUAACCAUCACCGUUAUGAGUCCAAGGCGAAAAACUCAGAGAAGGUUAAGAAUUCCGAGUAUUCAAAAAACCUACAACAAUCGGCGUACUUCACUGAAUGUGAACUUAAGCUACGUUUCAGACCCAAGUUUAUCGUCUAACGAUAAUAGAGUGAAUUUAGACAAUGUGAAUAAAACUAUCGUUACGAUCAGCCCACCGAGGAUCGAAGCUACCCCAAGAAGAUCGCUUACCAGAAACCACACGUUGAAGAGUUCCAGCUCCAAGCUACGGUUUAUAAAUGAAAGUCCCAACCAUAAUAAUGAGUCCACGGAAGGAGCUGCUGGUGAAAAUGUUGAAAGUAAAAUUACUAAUGAAAGUAGCAGUUUGUCACAUAAAGCAAAGAUAUAUGGAAUCAGACCUUCCUUCGUCAGGCUAACAAGCACACCUGUAACAGGUAGACAUGGAAUGGGGCUCGAUUCUAAUAAUAUGCAAGAAAUGUUCUCGCCUUCGGAAAAUGCCAGGCACUCCAAUGCUCUGGAACCAGUUCGCUUUCCCCUUCAAGGUGAAAUUUUGUCCUCUUCUGCGACCAUAGUUAUGGAGACUUCAAUGGACAUCACCACUGUCCAAGGACAAUCAAUUUUGGAUUCCGAGCAACCGAAAUCUGAUAUCACACCAAACUCACAUCGUGAUACAAACAAAAGUGACAGUUCCUCGUUUUUCAUUCCAGAUACAGAUCCAUUAACAUGUAUAGAAAAGAGAGUAGAUACCACAGUAAUUUUAGACUCUGAAGAACAAGAUGUCAGUAUCAAUACAAUACGCACCUCACUGAAUGUCAAUACAUCGCUAGAUUCUAGGUUCAGCUCAGUGCCAAAUUCAAGCCUUUAUGACCCCAUAAACAUCAGUAAAAAUCAAUCUGUGAUUCAUGAUCAAAGAAAUGGCACUAAUGCUACCUCGCCAUCUUCGCAGGACAGUGAUCCUACAAGUUCUUUAAUAAUUACUACUGCGUUAAUUGAACAUGACAAUUUGUCAAAUGACUAUAAUUAUCAACAAAUAGCUAACGAAGAGACUGUUAUCAAUUUGGAAUCUCCAAGAGAAAUUAAUCUUCCAUACAACCCAUCUUUGUAUAAAAGAAUACCACAAAAUGAUAAAUAUUGCAAUGACCAAAACCAUGCUACUCCUGUAAAACUAAGUAAAAUAACUAGAGCGACAAAUACUCCUACGACAAACGAUAAGGAAAAUACAACUUGGAGCAGAAAACCAAUUCGUAAUAUGCAAACAGACCUGUUGAAUUCAGAUGCUAUGAAUGACAGCAGGUCGUCGGAUACUUUAUCAUUGGAGAAUGGAAACCAUAGUAGCCUUCACCCAAAAGUUAACCAACCCAAUGCAAUUCGUGACUUGUCCAAAAAAGCAGUUGCGAAAGGAAAAAAGAAAUUAUUGAGAUUAAAUAUAUCUGAAAUGGUAGACUUGUCGCCAGUGUCAACUCAAACACUGCCAGAAAUUCCGUUGGUUUGUAAAAGACGGGUCAAAAUACGUAAUAAAACAGCUAAAAAAAUCCCCAAAACUAAGGGUCUUAGUAAGAAACCGAUAGCUUCAUCUGACAACGAUACUGAAGAAAUUGAGCCAAUACCAGAGAAAGGAAAAAGGAUCAGAAAACUAAAGGCAAAAAAAAUCGUGAUUAAUAAGAUGGCAGAUAUUGAUCUAUGGAAACGAAUGGAUGAAAAUUCUCAUACUAUCAAUGAAAGCUGCGACAGUAUCAGCUCAGCCAUAGGAAGGACAUCUCUAGACGAUUUUCAACCAAAAAACCAGCUUACUCAAACCACAAGUAGCAAGCAAAGACCAAAAAUAAUAAUAGUAGCGACUGGAUUAUCGAUAGAGCAAAAAUUAUUGGUAAAAAAUACCAUUACAACUCUGGGUUCAGCCAAACUACAAAAAAUUGUGACCCGCCAUACUACACAUGUUAUUAGCAAUGGCACACGUACUGUAAACUUGCUGCGUGGACUACUCAGAGGUUGUUGGCUAGUGAGUUAUGAGUGGAUCUCAAAGGUACGCGAGGCUAAGGAAUGGGUGAAUGCAGAAAAAUACGAGAUCGUCAAUUUUUCUAAAGCCGUACAAGAGAACCGCAAGGAAAAGCAACUGUUUCGAACAGCAUAUGUGUCGGAAAUAUUUCUCACAUGCGGGUUGAUACAUAUUAAAAAUAAAACGUCUACUCCAGCUUCAAUUUUAGAAGAACUGGUUUGCAUGGCAAGUGGUCGAAUUACCAGGAAACCGGAAGAAGCUAAGAUAAUUGUAGGCCGUGGAGGUCUAAAAGAAGUUUGGAUUUUAGACUCAAUAACACAUGGAGAAAUUCAACCUUUAGAACUUUAUUCAAAGAAACGGAAACCGCAAUGAUUUAGUUCCGAAGUAUAUAGGAUAACUUAGGACUAUCACCCCAUAAGCUACCAAUAUAGUCCUCGUGCAAAAUUUGCGACUGAACCAUGUUUUA